AUGUCUGAGGCGACUCCCAAGAAGGUGCCCAUUCCUCCAAGGGGCGUAGAUUACCGGGGCAAGCUUGUCCUAGCGCCCAUGGUGCGGUCGGGCGAGUUACCGUCGCGGCUCCUUGCGCUGCACUAUGGCGCCGACUUGGUAUGGGGCCCCGAGACCGUUGACUACUCCAUGAUAGGCGCAGUACGACGGCCAAAUCCGACCCUCAAGACCAUCGACUUCGUUCGCGUCCCCUCCUACGGGCAGAAGCAGCCGCCGCCCCAUGCCAGAGAAUCUAUCAUCUACCGUCUACACCCCGAGCGCGAGGGCAGCAAGCACAUCUUCCAGAUCGGCACUUCAGACCCAGACCGCGCGGUGGCCGCCGCCCGGCUGGUCGCACCCGAUGUCGCGGGCAUCGACGUGAAUGCCGGGUGCCCGAAACCCUUCAGCACACACGACGGCAUGGGCGCGGCACUGCUGCGGACCCCGGACAAGCUGGCUGGUAUAUUAAGAGCACUGGUGAAGGCCAUCGUUCCCGAGUUCCAGAUCGGCGUCAGUGUAAAGAUACGCAUUCUGGAGACGCCGGCCGAGACGGAGGCGCUGGUGAGGAAGCUCGUUGCCACGGGCAUCACAGCACUGACGGUGCACUGCCGGACGACGCCGAUGAGGCCACGCGAGAGGGCGAUUCGGGGCCAGCUGCGGAUGGUCCGGGAGAUCUGUCACGAAGCGGGCGUGGCGUGCCUGAUGAAUGGAGACGUCGAGGACCGGGAGUCUGCGGCGAAGCUGAUUGACGAGUACGGCGUCGAUGGCGCCAUGAUCGCGACGGCGGCUGAGAAGAACUCGAGCUGCUUCAGGGCUAAAGACGAGGGCGGCAUGGCACCAUGGGACGAGGUCACAGCAAAGUACGUGGAGUUUGCGCUGGACGUGGAGAACAGGUUUGGGAACACAAAAUACCUGCUCAACCAGAUUAUACCGGGGAAGCAGCCUGCGUACAGGCUGGUGCAGUCCUGCAAGACUUAUACCGCCCUUUGUGAGGCGCUGGGGCUGACGCACCUUGUCGAGAGAGCCAAGGCGGUCGAUGUGGCAGUUGAACUUACGAAGGAUCCCAAGGCCAUACCAAAGAUUGCUGCUCAUGGCAGUGAGAAGCGCAGGACCGAUGAUUCAAAGGACGAGGACAGCUCUGCUAAGCGUCAGAGGACAACGGAUGCGUCGACGACGGAGAAAGCAAUGUCAGAAUCAUCUCAACCUGCUACUGCAGUUGCGCUGUCGGCGUAA